ACACAAAGAAAACGUGGUCUCAAAAACAACACAAACAACCUCCCCCCCAAGAAAUUGGAAUUUCUCUAGGAAUCUUGUGCUGGGAGAAGAAAAGCCCAGACCAGCCAGAGCUGGAGCUCUUCUUUCCAAAAAUGCUUCUCUGCUCCAAGAAAAAGAUUGGCACCUCCCAGAGAUGAUGACAGUUCAGUGAUGGGUGGGAUCAUGCUGCGUCCUGGACUGCUUAAUGUGCUGUUGCCCUCUGUUUAAACUUCCACUCAGUUUAAUAAUCCCAAGAUGGACUGAUGGGCAGUCCCUGGAUCCUCUUGUCCCUCUUCCCAGUGUAGCCGCAUUGCAGAAAUCUCCCUUUCCCUGCGUUUACUAUAAUUUGCAUGUUUUAACUGUCUUCACAAGGUUGGGUGCCUGAACCUGGCUUCAGAUAGACCAUGACCUCAAGUUCUGUGACAGCCACCUGGAGCAAUCUGACUCAGUGUCCCUCUUGAAUUUGACUCUCACAGAUAUCUGAGGAGAUGGGCUGAAUUGUGCACCUGUUAUCUCUCAAGACAGGCUAUUUGGAGUCAGGUAAUAGUGUGCUUAUAGAAGACAUCAAAAGUCAUUGGGUCAGGCUAAACUCUUGGUCACUGUUAAAGUAUGGGAACUUUGCUAGUAUGUUUGGCCUCUUUCUCUAUGCCUUCAAUAAAUGUGUUCCUUUGCAUAUAUGUUUUCUGUGUUGCUGAAUAUGGGUAGGCAGAGAAAUUUGUGUCAUUCAAUUCCUAAAGUAUGAUAGUAUCAGUCUUCUUUCUUUCUCUUAUUCCAACAAGACCUUUUGACUUCUAUGAUGAAAUGGGUUGUUCCCAUAGAUGCAGAGUCUGGAAUUCCCUGAGCACAUUAGUAGCCCCCUCAGAAAAGGGAGAAGCAAGAAUUGUUCGCUGAGUUAAUUCCCCGGGAGAGGAAAGCCAGGGGAGGCUGUGCUUAUGUUAUGUUCUUUUCUUCUAGUGGAGCCAGAGUGGAUCUGGGCUGGCAGGGCAGACUUGUGCCUAGAAUUCCUAAUUUGAGACUCUGCUAGGUGGGUGUGCUCCUGCUGUCACUUAAGCUUUUAGAAGGCGGGUCUGUGGCUUGAUGGCCAACCAGGCAAGUUGUUUCGGCAUGCAUAUCCAGUGAGAAACCAGGCAUUAGGAAGAUGGCUGCUACAUAUCACUGAGACGUCCCUUUUGGUCCCUGCCAUUAUUUGGGAUCUGGGGCCUUACGACUGUGGAGGGAUUCUCCAGUUUUUCCCAUCCCCUUUGGCCUCCCCUCCACUGACAGCAGGAACCACAAGAGGAUAGAUACCAGGCCACCGUGUCGCUGGAAAUGAGACCAGAAGAGAGGGUCCGGCUCCCUGAAACCAGAGUUGCAAAGCUGUGAGCUUCGUUGUGGAUGCUGGUAUCAAACUCAGGUCCCCUGGAAGAGCAGCCAGUAAUCUUAACUGCUGAGUCAUCUCUCUGGCCUUUUAUCACAGGAGUCGGUGACCUUUGAGGAUGUGGCUGUGCACUUCACCAUGGAGGAGUGGGCUAUGCUGGAUCCAUCCCAAAAGGAGCUCUACAAAGAUGUGAUGAAGGAAAUACUGAGAAACGUGAUCUCUAUAGGAAACAUAAGGAAACACCAAAAGAUUGAAAAUGAGUAUCAAAAUUCUGGGAGAAAACUAAGAUGCCAACUGGUGGAGAAACUCCAUGACUGUAAAGAAGACCAUGAGUGCGCAGAAAUCUUUAACUUCUCUACAGAGGGCACUGUGAACCAUACAUUUUAUCCAGGAGUACACAUCUGUAAAAGAAAUGGGUUUGUAAAUGUAGUCAUUGGCCAUUUAGCACUAAGUGUGCAGCUGAAACCUAGGCCAGGGCAGAAAUCAAAUGAAGUCCAGGAACAUGAACCAGAGUUGCAUACUAAUAAGGAAUUUGAGAACACUUCCAGCUCUCCCCCAUCUUUGCAGGAGCAUACAAGUUCCGACACUGCGGAGAAAUCGAAUAAAAAUAAACAGUCUAAUGAAGACUUAAGACUUGGCCAAAAUCAUGAAAGUACUCCUGGUAAAGAAAACUGCCAUGAAUGUAAGCAGUGCGGGAAAACCUUUUCUUCUCUUGGGUCCUUGAAGGGGCACGACAAACAUUACCAUGCAAAGAAAUCCUUCGAAUGUAAGCAGUGUGGGAAAGCCUUCCCUUUUCCCUGUUCCCUACAAGUACAUGAAAGGAUCCACACUGGCGAGAAGCCCUAUAGAUGUAAGCAAUGUGGAAAAACCUUUGCUCAUUCCAGUUCUCUUCUGAGACAUGAAAAAGUUCACAGUGGCACAAGUUCCCAUGAGUGUCAACUGUGUGGGAAAACCUUCACUCGUUUCAAUUCUCUUUCAAGGCAUAAAAUAAUCCACACGGGCGAGAAGCCCCAUGCAUGUAAUCAGUGUGGCAAAAGUUUUUCUCGGUCUGCUUCCCUUCAAAGACAUACCAGAAUUCACACCGGAGAGAAACCCUUUGUAUGUAAGCAAUGUGGAAAAGGUUUCAUUACUUCUACUUAUCUUCAAGUCCACGAACGAACUCACACUGGGGAAAAACCUUAUGUAUGUAAGGAGUGUGGGAAUGCCUUCAUGCUUUGGACUCAAUUUCAGAAACAUAAAGUAAUUCACAGUGGUGUGAAUCCCUAUGUUUGUAAGCAAUGUGGGAAAGCCUUCACUCGUCUUGGUUCCCUACAAAUACAUGAAAGAAUUCACACUGGUGAGAAGCCCUAUGUGUGUAAGCAGUGUGCAGAAGCCUUCUUGUCUUUGAGUCAAUUAAGAAGACAUGAAAUAAAUCACAGUGGUGUCAAACCCUAUAUGUGCAAACAAUGUGGGAAGGGAUUUAUCUGUUCUACUACCUUUCGAAGUCAUGAAAAGAUACACAGUGGAGAAAAGCCGUAUGUGUGUUCACAGUGUGAGAAAGUUUUGGGUUCUGAGAGUGCUUUGCGGAAACAUAAAAUGAUUCACACUGGAGAGAAACCGUGUGUAUGUAAGCGGUGCGGGAAAGCCUUCACUCAUUUGAGCUCUCUGCAGUACCAUGCAUUGAUGCACAGUGGAAAGAAGCCCCAUGAAUGUAGGACAUGUGGGAAAGGCUUUAGAUCUCUCAGUCACCUUAAAAAGCACGAAAGAACCCAGCACUGAGUAGAAACCCUGUGCAUGUAAACUAUGGGAAAGCCUUUGCUUAGUAUCUUUUAUGAAGAUAGUCAUUCUCGCUGACUUAAAUCCCUAGGUUUGUAAGCAAUAUUUACACUUUCUAAAUAGUUGGGUUGUUUUCACCACAAAUAAACUCACCUUGAAGAAAAGUGGGGCUUUUUUUUGUUACCAACAUGUGAAAGCUUCUAUCAUACUGAUUCCUUUUUUUUUUUAGCAUUUUAAAAUUUAUUUUAGAAGCACUCUUAUUUACAUAUCCAUCCCCCAUACUGAUUUCUAAAAAAAACCCACCAAAACAAAAAAAACCAAAACAAACAAACAAAAAGAAACAAUCUUGAAACAAGCACAAUGGAGGGGAACCCCUUUAAAAAAAUACCAUGGAAAUGGUUUUUGUACUAAAAGUUUUCUUCAAGUUCAUGAACAAAUUCACACUAGAGAAAAGCCCUAUGAAUGCAGGUGUUGUUUAUAUCUUUUUUCUAGUCCCAUAUCAAGGACAGGACAUGACAAAGUUUAGACUACAGAGAAACCUUAUGUACAUUUGCCACUUCUUCUCUGGUUUCCCCCAAAUACGUGUAAGUCAGCUAGAGGGGACUAGAAAGAUGGCUCAGAGGUUAAAAGCACUGGCUGCUCUUCUAGAGGUCCUAGGUUUGAUUCCCAGCAACCACAUGGAAGCCUACAACUGUAUCUAAUGCCAGUUCCAAGUGAUCCAGUGUCCUCUUCUGACUUCAGUGGCCCCUGCAUGCUUGUGGUACACAGACAUACAUGCAGGCAAAUUACCAAUAGGCAUAAAUGGAAACCAUUUGUAUGUAGGCGAUUUUGGAAACCCUCCCAUUACUACCAUAGACAUGAAAGAACCAACCAUAGAAUAACCUUAAUAGAGACCAAAAGAAUUUAGGAUUAUGUAUAUUAUUUCAUGUGUAUGAGUGUUUUGCCUGCAUGUAUGAAUAUGUGCCACAUGUGUGUAGUGCCUGUGCUACCAUGAAGAGGGCCUUGGAAGCUCUCGAACUGGAGUUACAUAUGGUUGUGAGCAGUCAUCUAGAUACUGGGAACUGAGUACAAGUCCUUUGUAAGCACAGUCAGUGUUCUUAACCAUUGAGCAAUCUUUCCAACCCAGUGGCAAAUUCUGGGCUUUUAUUUCUGAAUUUUGGUUUAUGAAAUAAGCAUAAGCCAAGUUCAUGAGACAGGAUGACAGCUUACACCCAUGGGAUGAAGACCAGUAGGGCCCACAUUUGAAAGACAAAACCAAACAGCUGUAGAAAGAAAGUACACUAUCAUGAAAUGGUUUUGUAAGGGUUCUUAAAGCAGCUAUCUUUAGUUUAGUUUUGCAUCAAAUCAGGUGCCUGUUUGCACUUGCAUUGUAAAUUGUGUCAGAUUCAUGUGAUGAACUAACAUUAACUUGUAACAUGCCAAUAUGCAUAAGUGCCCCCUUUUCAAGCAAUUAGGGUUAAUUAAAAAUGACUUUUUGAGAAUA